CACAUGUUUUUCUGAUCGAGUCGAAUUGUUGCUUUAUAACUUGAAGAAAGAUGAGUUACCUUCUGCCUCAGUUGUCAACGAAAGCACAAGUGGACGAAGUGAUCAGAAAAACAGAAGAUCUUGUUCUUAUUUUACGAUUUGGAAAACAAGAUGACCAGAACUGCUUGAAGCUGGAUAAUAUACUUGCUAAAGCAUCACCGGAACUGGUUAACAUGGCUGUGAUCUACCUUAUUGAUGUGGAAGAUAUUCCCGUGUACAUGACAUACUUCGACAUCACUUUAUAUCCAGCCACAAUAUUCUUCUUCAAUGCACAACACAUGAAAGUGGAUUGGGGAACACCAGAUCACACGAAAUUCAUUGGUAGCUUCAAAAGAAAACAAGACUUCAUUGAUGUUGUGGAAACAAUUUAUCGUGGUGCAAUGAAGGGAAAGGUUAUGGUGAAGAGCCCCUUGGAUCCUCAAGACGUCCCCAAAUAUCAGUUAAUAUACAAAGAUAUAUGAAAUUGAAGAUAUGCUGGUUUGUAAACAAAGAUAUAUGAGGCUAUGCUGGUGCAUACAAAAAGAUGUAUGAAGAUACGCUGGUUCGUAUACAGGUAUAUGAAGAUAUGAUGGUUUCAUAUACAAAGAUAUGUGAAGCUAUGAUGGUGCAUACAAAAAGAUAUGCUGGUUCGCAUACAGAUAUAUAAAGAUAUGAUGGUUCAUAUACGAAGAUAUUUGAAGAUUUGCUGGUGCAUACAAAAAGAUGUAUAAAGAUUUGCUGGAUCGUAUAGAGAUAUAUAAAAAUAUGAUGGUUCAUAUACAAAGAUAUUUGAAGAUUUGCUGGUGCAUACAAAAAGAUUUAUAAAGAUAUGCUGGAUCAUAUACAGAUAUAUGAAGAUAUGCCGAUUCAUAUACAGAUAUAUGAAGAUUAUAGACCACAAGAAGAUAAGCUGUUUUUAUACGUGGCCUGCAGGGAUAUGCUGGUUAAUAUAGAUGAUCUGAAAUGAGAUCGAUAUAAUGUGGUUUCUGUACAAAGGUAUACUGUUUGAUGUGUGUUCAGGUAGAUACACAAAGUAAUGUUGGCCAAUACACACAGACAUGGGUCAAUGUGAUCGCUUGUAUUCUGACAUUUCAAUGUUGGCAGUUGAACUAUGUAGUGUUGCCAUGAAUAAGAAUGUACACAGUGAAGUUAAUAAUAAUCCAGCUGGAAGUGAACAAGAGACGAACACAUUCAAGGUUUUCUUUAUGGAUGCUGCAAAGUGUUGAUUACAUUUCACGGUUAGAGUAAAAGUUGAUAUGGAUUGACACUAAGCAGUGGUUUAAGUUUUGUUAUGCUGAAGGUACAGAAUCUGAACAUUGACAACGCUGAUAUAGAUAAUGGUGAAUUUGUGACCUCAAUAAUGCAGAAAUGCUGCAUAAAAAUGAAAAUCUGGAAUAUUUUGAAACCAUGUAACAUGUGAUACAUUUAAAAUUAACUAGCAACACAA